AUUAGGCUCCACCUCCGGCAGUCAAAGCUUGCCUAACGUAGGACUCCCCUGAGCUGGGAGCUAGCGAGCGCUCUCCACUGACCUCGGUCGGCCUCAGUUUUCCCCUCCAGAAAUUUGCCGGGGGUGCACUUGUUCUUCCCUUCCGCCAGCCCAGCCCUUGACGCGUGCGCGCGCCCGUGUCUGUGUCCGCGGCGCUCAAUAAAGUUGCGCGCUUGUUGCCGGCUCGCGCCGACCCGGAAGUCUCGUGAGAUCGAGCGGCAGCUGCCCUUGGGCGCGCGGAGCCGGCCGGUCGGGACUGCGGUGCCGAAUCCGGGGUUGGUGGUCAUGGCGCGGUUGCUGCUUCAGCGGUACUGGGACAUCCCUGACGGCACCGAGUGCCAUCGCAAGACCUAUGCCAGCACCAGUAUCGGCGGCGCCACCGGCCUGGUUGCCUCCGCGUACAGCCUCACGCUCAGCCCCCCAGGCUCCUUCUUCGAGGGGGUGGCGAGGGCAGGACGAUACACGUUUACCGCAGCCGCCAUUGGUGCCAUAUUUGGUGUCACGUCCUGUGUCAGCGCCCAGGUCCGGGAGAAGCCCGACGACCCCCUGAACUAUUUCAUCGGAGGCUGCGCCGGAGGCCUGACCCUGGGGGCACGCAUGCACAGCUACGGCAUGGGCGCCGCCUCCUGCGUGUGCAUGGGCACAGCUGCUGCCCUGGUCAAGAUGGGCCAGCUGGAGGGCUGGAAAGUGUUCGUGGAGCCCAAGGUGUGAGGCCCCCGCCCCGGGAUGAGCAGAAAU